AUCAGCUGAUAGAAACAAUGGCGGCUAAGUCAUGGAGCGUGGGAAAAUUGCCGCAUCAUGAGCAACAAGAAUUGUGCAUGACUAGGCCAAAGUACAGGCAAGGAAGAAAAUUCACAGCCGUCAAGGUUUACACGGUGUCGUCCGAGUCGGCACACCUGCUGAUCUUCGGUGUGCCCGCCCUCGGCCUCAGGGACGAGGUGAAGAAGCUGUGCCAGCGUUAUGGGGACGUCGCCGCCAUCGCGCCGUCACCUCGUGAGGACGACGAGCUCUUCACUGACACCUUCCACGUCCAGUACGUGCGUGUCGUGUCAGCAAGGUACGGCAAGCGACAGAUGGACAACCGGAAUUUCUAUGGAGGUCUGCUACAUGUCUGUUAUGCUCCAGAGUUUGAAACAGUGGCAGAGACUAGGGAAAAACUGGCGCAGCGGAGGCGAGAUGUAGCGAAGAGGCUCAAGCAGUAUGGAGGUUCGGCACAGCAGACAGACACUCGUAAUGACCCGGCUGCUGCGAGCAUAACAUUAAAUGUCCAUACUCCUCAGGUGCCCUGCGUGUGGGCCGGUGCAGCCUACACCUGUGAUCCUCGCACUCUCGUACCAAAUCCUAUUGUGCCAUCACAAGCAAUAAUUCAGCCCUUCGGCCCACAGUUACCGGACGAGGAAUGGAUACGUGCGGGAGUCCGGGAGAGGCGGAUAGUUGCAUCCCACCCUGGUGUCCUCCGCGCUGCACCCGCUACAAGGAAUCCACCUACAACUGGUCCCGUGCCUCCGUCGCUUCAGCAUUCGCAGACAUUGGGUGCCCCGUCAUCGGUACCGACCUCUCGGAAGUACGAGGCCAAAUUCGUGCCUCGGCAAGUAGGCGUGAAGAGGGUGGUAUUCAAGAAAAGCCAUAAAAAGGAUGAACACAAAGACGGGUAA